UCACAGCCCAUGUCACUCUUCACUUCACUAUAGCUGCAUCAACCUUCGACUAAAACCCUUCAAUUCAUUGAUAUUUUUGGAAGAACAAAAAUGGGAUUUGGAGCUCUAAGAAAUGCAAUUCGACCCUUGUCAAGAACCCUAACAACCCACGCCAGAACUUCCUCAACGACGCCGUUUUUGGCCUCAAAACCAGAGUUCAGGCUCUCUCUCAGUGGUGGAGGCCACUCUCCAUGGACUCAAAUGAUCAGGCAUUUCAGCUUCUUAUCAGAAGCAAACCCUUUUGAUAGAUUAACCAGCACUCGAUUUCCUAAACGAAGACCCGUCGAUAAGCCUCGGAGAAAAAGAGCCAGCUUGAAACCUCCAGGUCCAUAUGCCUGGGUUCAGUAUGUACCAGGACAACCCAUUAAACCCAAUAAUCCUAAUGUAGGGAGUGUUAAGAGAAGGAAUGAGAAGAAGCGCAUCAGGCAACGCAAGGAGUUUAUACUGGCUUCAUUUAAACUUUCUCAAGAAUUGUGGGUGGCAUGCGCUGAUUAUUUAUCAACUAUCAAAAGAUAGCCAGCCUAUCCUGAAUUAUGUGGGGAUGAUUGGAUUUGAUAUCACCUGACAUGGGUCUUUGUGUAACCAAUGAGAGUGAGCUCUUAGCUUCUCAUAAUUUACUUUCUUUCAUAAGUUCCAUAAAUAAAGAUGAAUACAAGAAUAUAUUCUGCAAUGCAGGAUAUUAAUUCUUGAAUGGCAUAGUUAUGUGUUAUUUGGAAACAAAAAAAAACAUUAUUUGUAUAUGGGUGUCCCUUAACAACUUUGUUUGUGAUAUACAUGUGCUACCCUUGUUCAUUUUGCUAGACUCGUAGAUUAUCAUGGUUGAUUCUCAACCUUGAGAGAACACUGUUAACACUUGUCUUUCGUGGGCUUCAUUAUGGGUCUUUUUAGAAUUCAUUGUGAAUUGACCAGAUUUUAUGCCAAAUGAGAAGUGUGUGGUAUCAAAUGGCUUUAUCUUUUGUUCUCCUUUUGUCUUAUGAGUUGUCAACACUGUUUUGAUUUAA